AAUCUAGCAUAGCCCAGUUAAGAAACUGUACCCGCGUUUUUUAAUCUGUGGUCAAAGUUGUCCUAUGGGGUACAGUUUCUUAACUGGGCUAUGCUAAUGUCGAUUGAAACUAUCGAUUCAAUAAGUAAACCUUCAUGCGAUUUUUUCACCAUCAGCAAGUUUGGUUGGUUAGCAUUUAGGUUAGGCUAAAAAAAUAUGAACGGUCAAAAUAAAAUCACACAACUAACUUAGGUCUAUCAAGUCCAUAACACCUCAUGCAAAACAUGGCUGAGCAGCAACAGAAUUUUGCGAGUGAUGUCCCAGCCGAAACAUUUACACAAUGUCCAGACUGUGGGAAUGAAAUUGAAAGAUUGACGCCGCCGAUUUCUGGUUAUGACGGUUACUGGGUACAUUGCAUCAAAGAAGGAGGAUGUGGCUAUCUAGAAAGAUUUCCGGGUAGAGCAAUUGUUUCUGUAAGAGACCUCAUUAUUCAUGGAUUCCCAGCGAAGCUGUUACACCACGUGAACAUUUAUAGAGGAGACAUGGAAAAACUCAUGAGAAUAAGUAUUUCAGAAUAUUUUAAAACAAAUUAUUCAUCAUAUAAAGAGUCUGAUAUAGAACAUUUAAAAUGUAUAGUUGGCGAAUUUGCAAAAUCUCAUGGGGUCAAGAUCAAUUUUGAUUAUGACAUUAAUAAUAUGGCCCAAACCGUACGUAAAGAUGCUAUUGUUAAGAAACUGGCUGCUUCUAUGGUUGAAGAUAUACCAGUGGAUUAUCAAGAAAAAAUAAAGUCAGCAUUUUCCAAGAUUCAGGAAUACGAUUUUCCAAAUCAUUUUGUUGAUAAUUUGUUGUCUAAGCAACUUCCAUUGUUUGCUUUGCUAGAGGAGCAGGAAAAGGAGAUGAGAAAGCAAGAAGCAGAGUUGAGAGAGGAGUUAAAGAAAAAAAAGAAAAAAAAAGAAAAAGAAAAAAAGAAUAAAAAGCAAGGAUUUGAUGAAAUUGCGGAAAUGUUUCGCUGAAUGGAAUUGACGAUUUACCCAAGUAAUAAUAAUUAAUAAACCUCUUGAUAGAAGAUACUUUGUACUUUUACUUUGUACUUAUUACUUAAUAAAUUG